AUGACCGACAUGGAUAUUAAAAACGCUCUCCUCCGGCUCACCGAUAUCCUGGCCAACCAGCAGCAGCAGAUUGCAGUUCUCCUACAGAACAACGCAGUUCCUCAGGCUGGAAGCGAGAAAAUAAUCGAGUCGCUGGCAACGGGAAUUCAAGAAUUCCGGUUCGACCCAGACGGCGGAAUUUUCUUCGACUCCUGGUUCGCUCGGUACGAAGACGUCUUCAGGCAAGAUGGGCAACAUUUGGACGACGCUGCCAAGGUCAGGCUGCUCCUCCGGAAAGUCGAUACGCAGUUCCACGAACGGUAUCUGGACAGCAUUUUGCCUUGUCACCCCCAAGACUUUGACUUUGAAACAACAGUGACAAAGCUCAAGCGUCUCUUCGGUCGACAAAAAUCGCUGUUCAACGCACGGUACCAGUGCCUGCAGUACAAGAAGGACGACGCAGAUGAUUUCACCGCAUACGCAGCUUCCAUCAACAAAAACUGCGAGGCGUUUCAACUCAACCGGCUUACUAGUGACCAGUUCAAAGCUCUGCGUUUCGUAUGUGGCUUGCAAUCGCCACGGGACGCUGACAUACGAACUCGGCUCAUUAGUAAGCUCGAAGCCGAAGAAAGCGCCCCACCUGCCGAAGGUUGCCAGCUUACCCUGGACAAGCUGGUAGACGAGUGCCACAAGCUCAUCAACCUGAAACAGGACACACAAAUGAUUGAGAAGAAGGACCCCUCAAUCAACGCUGUGUCCCUCCAUCCAAAACCACCCGAGAAGAAGACGAAAAAGGUUCUGAAGACGCCCUGCUGGCUCUGCGGGGACUUCCAUUACGUCCGUGAGUGCCCGUUCCAGAAUUCCACCUGCGGAAAAUGCAAACGCAGGGGCCACAAGGAAAGUUACUGA